UUACUAUGACAACAUUAUGCUGACAAGAUGGCGCGCCACACCAGUUUGUCAGUUGCAGUAGUUUAGUUGACAUGGUUGACGGUUCAGUUUACUGCAAUAUUAUCGCAAUUUAAUUUUAUAAAGCCUGGCUAAACUGGUAAUUUAACUUGGUGCGUAACCGCGUUCAUUUAACUGUAAAAUGGAGGUUUCCUCUGACGGUAUCGAUCCGUAAAACCUGGCUACAGAAAUGAGACCUGCUGGUUCCAGUAGAAGUUUGCCUUCAGUUCCACAAGCAAGGCAGCCAUAUCAAAUGUCUGUGUCAGAUGAUGGAAGCGUUUUAAGGGACUCGACACCCUAUCGAUUGCCUAAAAUUCAACAGCAACUGGCCCACAGAUUACCAAGAACAGAGAGAGUUACACGCAGUGAGCCAACAGACCUAGAUCAGCUGUACAAAGUUGAUUAUGUCGGGUCAGACAGAAUGGAAAUGUAUCUUAGUAAAAGACACAAACUACCGGGUCCACCCUACACAAUAUCACAACGGCACAGGCAAGAAGGCAUCCAUAUGCCCACCUUCCAGAAAGUCCAAUUCGAGCCUGUCCUCCCCUGCAAUAGAGUGGUAGAGGCCAAUGGGCAUGCAGAACUGGAACGGUCCACUAGCAGAACUAGUUUGUCAACCAGGGACACAGUAAUAUUGGGACUUGGUAGGCAUGUUGCCGGUACACAACAGGAAAGUCCACCCGCUGUAGAUAAGCAUUCUGCUUGGAGAUUAUCACCACACAAGCACAAAAAUUAUGAUAUCCAAGCUAUCCAGGGCCAGACAGGGCCAUUCUCACGAGAUUUCGUCAUUCACUGCAACACCCCUAACAGCUGGCUGCAAAUGAAACUGAACAAGCAAAAGACGAGUCGCAGAUGACAAUUUGUCGGUAGGAAAGAAGUUCUAAGAUUCACUGUUGCCUAAGACCUGAAAUAUACUGUCCAAAAAGGUAACAAAUUGUGGAUGUAGUUGAUAGAGAAAAUGAAAAGUGGUUCCAAAUAAAUGUAACGAAACAUCCAUGUAAUCAUUCUACAAACGGGAAGAUUGUGGUAUACAAUGUGCACAGUUUUAGAGUAGGAGUGCCAUGUUCUCCCCCAUCCCCUGCCUUCAAAAGUGAACCAAAUCAAUCAAUUAAUUAAGUGAAUUUACAAACAAGAAAUAAGAGGAAGAAAUUUCAAAGGUCAAGAAGUGGUGUGCCGUGGAAAUACUUGCUAGCAUCUUCCAACAGAAAUCAGAGUCAGAAUUUGAGUGCCGUAUUGAUGAAAGUUUCACGUCUGUAAAUAUCCCUGGCUGUAUGGCAUACUGGUUUAUGGCUUCUGACUAGCGCCCCUUGAACAAAGACAUUGACUAAUUGGGGAACCACCAACAUAAGGC